CCAGCCAUGCGGGCACCGGGCGCGCCCUUCACCCGCACCUCGCGGCUGCUGCUCCUGGUACUGCUCAAGUUCUCGGCUGCGUCGGCCCUCGGGGCCGCCCCCGGGACCAGAAACGAAACUUGUCUGGGGCGAAGCUGCUCCCCAACACGGAUCCAGCGCCGCAGCAGGGACGCGUGGGGACCGGGCUAUUCUGCCAGGGAUGUUCUGCGGAGCCACGGGCCCAGGGAGGAGCGGCCGGAGGCGAUGGUGCGCGCUGCGCCCCUGUGGGACCAUCCGGCCGCCUGGGGUGGUGACCCAGGCGUGGUCAGAGGGGUGGCGGCAGUGGUUGAGCCCUCAGGACCACCAGCCAGGCCGUCCGGCCCCUGGAGGUGGAAAGGUGCCCGGGGCCAGGAGCUGCCUGCAGCUCUGGGUCUGAGAGGGCAUCCCGCGGCGCUCCAACUCUUCCUUCAGACCUCAGAGAAGGAUAAGGAGGCCCAGAGGUCUGGCAUCUCUGGGCGCAGCCAGGUCCACACAGUGAGGACGGAGCCCGGAGUUAGCGACCUUUAUUACUGGCCCAGGAGAGCCGGGAGACCCCAAGGUUCCCAUCAAGAUCCAUCAGCCAAGACUGUCACUGCAUCAUCGGGGCACGAAGCAGGGCGCACAUUUGCACCCCCAGGCAGAGCUUUGGCCCAGAAUGGGUCAGGAGAAGAAGGUCGCGAAUUGGAGGGUCCUCAUCAGGGAAACAGAACGAACCGGCGUUUGCGAUUGAAGAACCCGUUCUACCCACUGACCCAGGAAUCAUAUGGAGCCUACGCGGUCAUGUGUCUGUCGGUGGUCAUCUUUGGCACUGGCAUCAUUGGCAACCUGGCGGUGAUGUGCAUCGUGUGUCACAACUACUACAUGCGGAGCAUCUCCAACUCCCUCUUGGCCAACCUGGCCUUUUGGGACUUUCUUAUCAUCUUCUUCUGCCUCCCACUCGUCAUCUUCCACGAGCUGACCAAGAAGUGGUUGCUGGAGGACUUCUCCUGCAAGAUUGUGCCCUAUAUCGAGGUUGCCUCUCUGGGGGUCACGACCUUUACCCUCUGUGCUCUGUGUAUUGAUCGCUUCCGCGCUGCCACCAACGUUCAGAUGUAUUAUGAAAUGAUCGAAAACUGCUCAUCCACAACGGCCAAACUUGCCGUGAUCUGGGUGGGGGCCCUCUUGUUGGCACUUCCAGAAGUGGUUCUCCGCCAGCUGAGCAAGGAGGAUUUGGGGUUCAGUGGCAGAGCUCCUACAGAACGCUGCGUUAUAAAGAUCUCGUCUGAUUUACCCGACACCAUCUAUGUGUUAGCCCUGACCUACGACAGCGCCAGGCUCUGGUGGUACUUUGGCUGCUACUUCUGCUUGCCCACACUUUUCACCAUCACCUGCUCUUUAGUGACUGCGAGGAAAAUCCGCAAGGCAGAGAAGGCCUGUACCCGAGGGAAUAAGCGGCAGAUCCAGCUGGAAAGCCAGAUGAACUGUACCGUGGUGGCCUUGACCAUCUUAUAUGGAUUUUGCAUCAUACCCGAGAAUAUCUGCAACAUUGUUACCGCCUACAUGUCCACUGGGGUUUCUCAGCAGACUAUGGACCUUCUUAACAUCAUCAGCCAAUUCCUGAUGUUCUUUAAGUCCUGUGUCACCCCGGUCCUCCUUUUCUGUCUUUGCAAACCCUUCAGUAGGGCGUUUAUGGAGUGUUGCUGCUGUUGCUGUGACGAGUGCAUCCAGAAGUCUUCCACGGUGACCAGCGAUGACAAUGACAAUGAGUACACCACGGAGCUGGAGCUCUCACCUUUUAGUACCAUACGCCGGGAAAUGUCCACUUUUGCAUCAGUUGGAACUCAUUGCUGAAGGACAUUUGGUUAAAUUUGUCUAUUAGUUUGAUUUUUAUCUCCUGUGAAAGUUUUUACUUUGUCUUUUUCCUUAUGGGGGGAAAAAUGUAAGAAAAAAAUAAUUGAGAGAAAUAUUAACUGCCGUAGAACAGAGUUUGCAAAUUAAUAUUUGUGCUUUGAAAAAAUGUUUAUAUUUAGUUAUUUAAAAAGUAUGAGGAGGCCAAUAGUUUUAGAUCAUUUUAUCUGGUCUGGUGCUAAUAUUUUAUUUGAAUAAAAGUGGCUGCACCUUAACUGAAUUAAUUGCUAAGUUUUUCUUUUUUAAAAAAGUAUAAUCAUUGUACACUGAUUAUAGCCAUGUGAUUUUGUAGAUUAUUUUAUGUAUGAGCUGUGAUUGAAAGUAUAUUGUAAAUGAUAUUGUGAGAUGUUCUGUAGUUAAGAAGCAUUCACAAAAUAGCACCAAAUAAAUUCCACUUUAUUCUUUAAUGUCAUUGUCCAUCUACUUUUAACCAAGAGUCAAUAAAUCUUUCAAUUGCCUUAAGUAAACAAUGGCUCUAUGCAAAUUGGCCUUAUUAAUUUAUAAUUGUAUACCCCUUUAAGGCAGGUAAUCAUUUAUGUUAUAAAACAAAUUUUCAAAAGUAGCACUAUUUUAUAUGCAUGAAUCACAAAACUAUCUGUAUGUUAAAAUGAAAUUGUAUUUUUAAUAUUUAGAUAUAGAUGUAAAAUUACUCCAAAUAUUUAUGAAAUAUAAAUAAAUAGACUGCAGAGUAGGAAGAGA